GCCAUGGAGCCGAGCGAUGACGGCAUGCAGCCUGUGCCGCCUGGACGGCCCAAGCAAAGCUGGAAAUACAAAGCUGCAGAUGUCACCAUGGGCUUCUCCUCUUUGCUUUCGAACCAGCGCGGUCCAAAGCCACUCAGACGUCCUCCUCAUGUGGUCACGAAGGGAAGCCCUCCUUCUGCACGGAAUGUUUGCGACAACUGCUCAGUUUCUCAAAUGCAAGGUCUUUUACCGGCACCCAAUGUUGAGAGCGAAGAUGAUGUGGAUCAAGUGAAGCAAGCACCGCUCCCUGGCGUACUUGGCAGUGCCGUGGCCACUGGUGUGCCGUGUCCUGCUGGCAAAACAGCAAGGCCAGACACCUGCUUCAUGACACACCGAUAUGUGAAGCAGGAGAUGGCCUACCUGGCACGCCGCAUCGAUGAAGUAGGGCGAUACUUUUUGGCCCUUGAAUCAAUGCUGGGUUCUGGAGCCUUGGGGCCUGUGCUGGAGCGAUGCCUCAAUGAACUUGAAUUCUAUUUGCAGGAGCCAGAGAAGUUGGAGGAAGUUGAGGAAGCGCAGAGUUUCAUCGAUGCUGCGAUCCGACUUGGGUUGAGUCCUGUGAAGUACAAGCCGUUGCAAGAUCGCUUAUCCUGGUUGUGCCAUGGCAGACGUCAAGAGGAGCUGAGAGCAGAGUUGGCGAAGGCUUCGUCUGCAGAAGAUGCUUUGACCCUUCAGCAACUCAUCGAUGACUCCCUCAGAAGUGGAAUUGCUGCCAGAGAGAUGCAGCCAGCGCGUCUGCAGUUGCAAGAGCUUGAACAGCAGGACUACAAUGAGAGGUUCUUGGCCGCUGCUUGCGCGGGUGAUGUGGAGACGGUGGAGGAAACUUUGAGGAAAAGAGGGGACUGCAACUCGCAACAGAAGUGCUUUCCUGGCUUCUCAUUGUGGCACAUUGCUGCAGAGAAGGGUGACCUAUCCUUGGCAGAGCUGGCGAAAUCUUUCAAGUGUAAGACGGCGUUGCUGGACCAUUCUGGCUGGAGUGCCUUGAUGUUGGCCUCCGCAAAGCACGACCAUCGCUUGGUCCGUGCCCUGCUGGAUGCUGGAGCUGAUCCCAGCACCAGGAGCUCGAGUUCCGAGAUGAUUGUGAACUGUGACACGGAUGAACAGUUGCAGUCAGUCAAGGGACGCCUGGAUGAGACUGGGCGCAUCGGUUGCUUUUUUGAAUGGACCAACGCCACCACCGCUGCGACCUUGGAUCUUGGGGACCAGCUGCUGGCUGGGGAAGAGCUGCUGUUGCCAACGUUCCAGAGAGUUGGUGGUCGAACAGCCCUGCACACUGCUCUUUUGCGACCGGGGCAUGAAAGCAACAGAAUUGCGGUGCUGGAUCAGAUCCUAUCUCACGACAUAUCUGGGGCUGGUGCCCUCGUGAAUGUCCAGGAUGACAUGGAAAGAAGCCCUCUGUGGUAUGCUGUGAAGGCAGGAUUUGUUGGAUGCGCUCGACAUCUCAUUCGAGCUGGCGCGCUUGUUUCCAUGGGCUCCAUGUCUUGUUUGCGGGCUGCUGUAAUGUUUAUUUCUGAAGAAGCAGCUGAUGAUUCGGUGAUGUGCUGUGGCGAAGAUAUGUGCCGACUACUCCUCCGGAAUGGAGCAUCUGACUGCAUGGAAGAGAUAGCAGAAGCAGAGGCUGUUUUGGAAGUUGACCUACGUCAGGGGGCUUUAGAAUUGGAAGAUGCUCUGGAUGCUGAUAUUACCGCACAAGUUACGUUUUUAGAGUGCAGCCAAGCGCUCCUUGUCCUCUUGGAGACCGGGAAAGGAGAUGAUUCGAAGACGUGUCCCAAAGAUCCGCUUGAAGAUGACUACGAUCUGCGCUUGUUGACGCAGCGCCCACAGAGGAGCAUUGCCUCAGCGGAUGAAGCAGCGGACUUCGCCCGUGAAGUUCGGGAAGAGUUGGAAGAAUUGACCUGUUCUGUAGCUCAUGCCUUUGGAGGAUACGUGGAAUUUGCACCAGAGCCAACUGCGGUGCGGAUGUCCAGAUUGUAUAGACAGCAGACUCGACAGGGCUGGAUUGAUGCCAACGACUGGGCUUCUGUGGUUGGUGGUUGUGAAGCCACCCUGGUCUUUCCAAAGCUGGAAGAUGUCUUCCUGGACUCGACUUAUGACCAAGAUUCGCUGGAUGACCGGACCACAGCUGCAGAAGUGGCAGCAGCCAGGGUGGCAGCUGCAACCCAUGUUGCAGUGCAGCGUAUUGCAGCAGGCUGCAGCGCCGAGAAUGGAGAGAAUGAGGAGGGCAAAGAAUGGGAGAUUGCAAGAGAGGUGGCGGUCAAGGGCAUGGCCAACGCUGCAGAUGCUGCAUUUCGCUCUUUGGGGCUGGUGGAAGAGGCGCCUGAUGGUGUUGAUGGCCCCGGUGGCUCUAAAAGUGGCUCCAGAAGUGGCUCCAAACCUGCAUCGGAUGUCCUCACCGCGAUGGAAAGAGGCAGCUUGCUCCAGGAUGCAUCCAUUGAAUUCGUGGAACCGGUAUACCCAGAUGUGCAACUUUUGAUCGAUUGUUCUGGGUGCGUCUGCCUUCUGCGACUUACCACGGAGCGGGUGCAUGAGGUGGUCCAAGCUGAGUUGGAUACUGGACGCUGGGUGCUGGAGGAGUUGGCCACUGCAAUGAGGAUAUCUUUGCUGGCGUCUGAAAGCGGCAGUGAUGGUGAAGAUGAGAUCUUGGAGAUCUUGGACGCAGCUGAAGCACGUUUCGGUCGCCAGUACUUGGCUCAGAUCCUUGGAAUCCCGUUGCAGGAUGGCUGGUCCUGCACUGUGGCUGGCCUCGCAGCUCAUUGUGGUUUCGCAAGCGUUUUGCAGAUACCUGGAAAAAACAUAAAACAUUUUCCCAUCCCAUGGAUCCUCAUUGAUGCUGGUGCACCUAUCAGCCAACCACGCCUUCCUGCCUCAUGUGCUCCUAGGGGUGACUACAGCCCCUUGUCCUUGGCAAUUGCAGCGCAGCAUUGGGAGUGCAUCUCACUCCUGAUUGCUUGUGGAGCCGAUCCAUUCGAAGAUGGUUUGGAGGAGUUGGCCAGACAUCAGAGCUUCACAGAAGCCUUCCAGGAAAAGAUCACAGGCUUGUUGAACUGUGCCCGUGAGCAACGCCUCGUGGACAACAAUGCCCUUGCCGCUAUGGUGAAAUCGGUGAAAUCCACCAGCUUGCCCGAAAAGAUCCAGCGCUAUUUGGCAUUUGGUGCGGAUCCGAACGCUGAGUUGAUGCUGAAUACAGCUGCAGCAGCUGGGCAGCCGGAGCUGGUGACUUUACUCCUGGAUUUUGGAGCCAUGGUUCUACCUGAAACCUUGGACUUGGCGAAAGGCACCCGUGCAGAGGAGGUGGUGCGCCGCCGCGCGCGGGCGCGGCUGCACCGAGCAGCUGAAGUGCAUGAUGUGGUCACGAUGAUCCAGUUGGUGGAAGCUGGCCUGGAUCCCGAUUCCAUGCUGCCGGACCGAAGUUCGCUUUUGACCUAUGCUUCUGCGGGAGACGGAUCACCUCAUUUUGACCUCGUCGUGGUGUUGUUGCAGCAGAAGGCAGAUCCAAAUCAAGUAGAUCUAGCAGGGCAUUCGGCUCUACUCUGCGCAGUGCAAAGUGGUUCCGUUGAGCUCACACAGGAGUUGCUGGCGCACGCUGCCAAUCUCCACUGGUCGCACCCGGAGCAGGGCACCGCAGCGCACAUGGCGGCUCGCAGUGGACAAGUUGAACUCUUGGAGGUCUUGUUGGAUGCAGGGGCUUCCUGCAGUGAGCAGGAUGGCAACGGCCAUGAUGUGGCCAUGUUGGCCCUAAGGGCUGCCGAUGAGAGCUGCGUGACCUGCAUCCGACAGCGAGGUGUUUUGCCAAACCGUGAUCUGGCUCUGUCGGAGCUCUUUGCUGCAGUCCGCAAGGGGAACAGCGAAUAUCUUGAGCGGCUGUUGGAGAUCUUGGUGAAGAUCUACCCUGGUAUUGUGAUUUGUACGGAAGAUGCUGGGAUGCAUCUUUUGGAUUCUUUUGGCUUCACGGGACCGGUUGGCUGUCCUGGGGAUCAGGACAGUCUUCAGGGCGAAGCGAGGUCAGAGUGCCCCAGCUUGCUGGUGGAAGCAGUCCGGCAGGGUGGCGUAAAUAUGGUGAAGGCGUUGCUCAAAGCAGGAGCACGACUAUAUCCUCAUCAAGUAACUGUUGAGCCUUUGACUGGGAUGGAGCAAUGCGAAAGUGCUUGGAGUAUUGCACGUGAUUUGAGCUCUGAAGUGAUCGCGGAGCUUCUGCGAAAUCAGUUGCCGGAAGAACUCUUGUUCCUUUCCAAGACAGGAUCGUCCGCGGAAUUGCAAAACCUGCGGGAAGAAGAAAGGCUUGGGCUGGUGGCAGAGCCAAAAGACUUUCGUCUGGUGGACGAGUCGGGUUUCGGGGCCUUGGACCAUGCCUUGAUGGCUCAAAACCUGGAAUUGGAAGUCUGGUUCUGUUUCCAUGGGGCUCGAUUCCAGACACAGCUGGAAGUCUUGGUGGAACCGGUGAAGAACGCAGAUUACGUGGCCUUGGAGCGGCGCUUGAGGGCUGGAGCAGAUGUCACUGUGACAGACUUGAGUGGGCGAGUCGCUCUGGAUUGGUGUAUCUUCACGGGCUUUUUCGAGUCGUUGCUGUGGGACUGUGUGGAGAACUCCAUGAAUGACGAGGAUGAGGAUGGCGAAGGUGGUGCGACGCCCAGCGUCAGCAGCAAAGCGGCAACGGCCAAAACGGCCAGAAGUUCUAGGUCAGGCGGGCGACUGAGCGUUCGCUCGAAGAAGACAGCCAUGACCACCAGCAAUGGAAGUGCGAUGACUGGUCGGCGGUGGCCGCUGGUGCCCUUCGAUCCGCGAGGGAACUUUGCUCCGAUUGAGGAACUGUUGAUUUCUCAUGGCGCCAAGUUCCUGCUGACCAGGUCUGCUGCAGCUUGUCUCUAUGAGCCUUUGCUCCUUCAUGACUUUAAGACCAUUGAAAGACGAGCUUUUGCCGGUGCAGACUGUUCGGUGGAUGGUGAUCAAGGGGUGGGAAUGGUACACGUGGCACUGGAUGGCGGUGGAGUGCAAGCUGCAUGUGCCCUGGUGCUCAAUGGAGCUGACCCGGAUGUGCUGGACGCUCAUGGCCGAAGUGUGCUGUGGCGUGCAGUGGAGGGUGAUUUGCAAAGGCUUGUUGAUGCGUGCUUGCUGCAGAACAUAGAUCUCUCACAAGGACUUGGUAAAGAGUCAAUGAGUUCCGUUGCGCAUUUGGCCCUGGAGAGCAAUCGACCAGAAUUGUCUAUUCAAUUCUUGACCAGAACGCAUCCGCCCGGCACAGACGUGGAUGAAGUGAAGCCACCCUGUGUGAAUCCAGAAGCUUUGGAUUCUCAUGGUCGCACUGUCCUCAUGAGAGCAUUGGAACUCAAGCAUACAUCUGUGGCAAAGGUAUGUCUCGAGCUGAAGUGCAGCAUCUCUGUCUUGGACAACUUGUAUGAGCAGAGCGCCUUGCACAUCGCCGCGGAGGCAGAUCCACAGAUGAUUCCUGUGCUCCUUGAGGUGCAAGCAGACAUAAAUCUUGUGGACAAGCGUGGUCAGUCGCCCUUGUUGACAGCAGCUGCCUGUGGACAGCUGGAAUCAGUGACUUUGCUACACCAAGGUGGAGUGCAGCUGGGCCCUGCUGGCAGCUUCGCCACUAUGAUGGCCAUAGAGGCUGGGCAUUUUGAUGUUGCUGCUGAGAUCAUCACCAUGGCGGGGCCUUUCCGACCCACUGAGCUGCACCGGCUCCGAGCGAAGCACAGCAAGAAGGGCACGGGGCCUGGCACGACGCUGGCACCUGCGGCGCCUGGGAAGAUGUGCAUGAAGGCAGCAGAGUUGCGAGCAGGAGCAGUGAUGGAAGCGUACCUGCUGCAAGCAUUGCGAAAGCUGGGCUACGACGCCUCUGACUUCGUGCAACGUUUCGUGCAGUGGAUCCUCUCUGGGCCGAGUCAAGAAAUGAAGAGUCGCAGCAGCCUGCUGGAGGACAUUCCCACACGUCUGUCGGAUCUUGAACUGGACAAGGUCCUACAAAUGCUGGAGGCCCGAUCAGUGCCAGCACCCGUGGUACAGUUGCUCGCCAGCGCCAGUAGAUUUGAUCCACAGCCGGUGCGUGAGCAAGCUGCAGAUCCAGAGUCCAGACCUCCUGAAGUACCGGCCUUAGAGGAUUCAAGACUUGACCCCCCUCCCCCAACUACUCAAACAUCUGAACCUGAGCAAGCUGAAGCAUCCGUGGCAUCCAGCAAAACAGAGGAGGAUCAAACACAUCACAGGUCUCAGGCGGCCGCUGAAAUGAACGAUCCAGCAGAUCAGCAGGCUGAAGCACCCAUGGUUCCCAGCAGAACAGACCCAACACAUCAAAGGUCUCAGGCUGCUGCUGAAAUGAAGGAUCCAUCAGAUCAGCAGGCUGAAGCACCCAUGGUUCCCAGCAGAACAGAGGAUCCAAAGCAUCAAAGGUCUCAGGCUGCUGCUGAAAGGAACGAUCCAGCAGAUCAGCAGGCUGAAGCACCCAUGGUUCCCAGCAGAACAGAUCCAACACAUCAAAGGUCUCAGGCUGCUGUUGAAAUGAACGAUCCAUCAGAUCAGCAGGCUGAAGCAUCCAUGGUUUCCAGGAGAACAGAGGAUCCAAAGCAUCAAAGGUCUCAGGCUGCGGGUGAAAAGUUUGAUCCAGCAGAUCAGCAGGCUGAAGCACCCAUGGUUCCCAGCAGAACAGACCCAACACAUCAAAGGUCUCAGGCUGCUGCUGAAAUGAACGAUCCAUCAGAUCAGCAGGCUGAAGCACCCAUGGUUCCCAGCAGAACAGAGGAUCCAAAGCAUCAAAGGUCUCAGGCUGUUGCUGAAAGGAACGAUCCAGCAGAUCAGCAGGCUGAAGCACCAGUGGCAUCGAGAAGAACAGAAGAUCCAAAGCAUCAAAGGUCGGAGGCUGCUGCUGACAUGAGCGAUCCAGCAGAUCAGCAGGCUGAAGCACCCGUGGCAUCCAGAAGAACAGAAGAUCCAAAGCAUUACAGGUCUCAGGCGGCCGCUGAAAUGAACGAUCCAGCAGAUCAGCAGGCUGAAGCACCCAUGGUUCCCAGCAGAACAGACCCAACACAUCAAAGGUCUCAGGCUGCUGCUGAAAUGAACGAUCCAUCAGAUCAGCAGGCUGAAGCACCCAUGGUUCCCAGCAGAACAGAGGAUCCAAAGCAUCAAAGGUCUCAGGCUGCUGCUGAAAGGAACGAUCCAGCAGAUCAGCAGGCUGAAGCACCCAUGGUUCCCAGCAGAACAGACCCAACACAUCAAAGGUCUCAGGCUGCUGCUGAAAUGAAGGAUCCAUCAGAUCAGCAGGCUGAAGCACCCAUGGUUCCCAGCAGAACAGAGGAUCCAAAGCAUCAAAGGUCUCAGGCUGCUGCUAAAAGGAACGAUCCAGCAGAUCAGCAGGCUGAAGCACCCAUGGUUCCAAGCAGAACAGACCCAACACAUCAAAGGUCUCAGGCUGCUGCUGAAAUGAACGAUCCAUCAGAUCAGCAGGCUGAAGCACCCAUGGUUCCCAGCAGAACAGAGGAUCCAAAGCAUCAAAGGUCUCAGGCUGCUGCUGAAAGGAACGAUCCAGCAGAUCAGCAGGCUGAAGCACCCAUGGUUCCCAGCAGAACAGAUCCAACACAUCAAAGGUCUCAGGCUGCUGUUGAAAUGAACGAUCCAUCAGAUCAGCAGGCUGAAGCACCCAUGGUUCCCAGCAGAACAGAGGAUCCAAAGCAUCAAAGGUCUCAGGCUGCUGCUGAAAGGAACGAUCCAGCAGAUCAGCAGGCUGAAGCACCAGUGGCAUCCAGCAGAACAGAUCCAACACAUCAUUGUCAAAAGUCCGAAGCACUUGCUGAGAAGGCCAAGCGCCUGCGGCAAGAAGUCAUGGACAUGGAGUUCAAUGGUAAUGAGCACCUCACCCAUGAGAACCUUUCAGCCAUACCCGAAAACGCUCCAGAGCUGUUAGAUCAACCGUCGCAUGAGGCAGUUGAGAUGGCAGAAAGGAAUGAAGAGCCUCAAGUUGUUGCCACAGAGACUGCUCGAGAUUCCAUGAAUGAAGAAACACAGGAGUAUGAAGAAGACGACUUUGAGAAUGAAACUGAGGCUUCCGAAUUGAGCCCCCGCAGCCCCAGAACAUUUGGCUGAGAUAUGCUGAGAUGCUCCAAGGUGAGCAGUGACAAGGGAUGAGAUGAGAUGGGGGUAUUGAAACUUAACGCUGGUUCAGGAAUAAAAAUCAAGCUUUGGGCGUGCACUUGAAAAGCAGCAAACCACCUACCUUUGAUGCUCUUGACAAAUUGAGUGUAGUGCAAGUAAGCGAGAAGCUGUCGAGCCAGUAGACUUAUAUAAUGUGAUGAGCUCAAGCCUCCCCACCAAGAAGACAACUUGUCACAUCCUUGAAUACCGAGGAUGUUGAUGGUGGUGUUUCUUGAAUCCUUUUUUGGCAUAUUCAAUGUUCUUCAGUGAAGGAAAGCGACACCUUGCCAAGCCCACAGAAACACCAUGUCAUUUUAGCUGGGACGCGAGAAUUCUGUGGCUCCCAUGUGCAAAGCUGGACAUCAGAACCAGACACAAAGAAUGCUGGUCUCUGCUGAAACUGAGCAGAGGAAACCCAGAGCCUGCAGACUGCAGGGACCGGGACUGCCGACUACCCAAGCUAUCGGCCAAAAGGAAGA